CCGAAGCCACAAAGAUACGAACUUGUCGUGAUGGACGUGUAAUAGCCGAGGUCGCAGGAGGAGGGCUGGGCGGGGCUAGUUGCGGUGUGGUGCUCAAGACGCGAAGAACUAACAAACUAAUCACUCCCCACAGUGAUGGCGAACACGAUUUUACGAGCAAUGCUGGCAGCGGCGGUAAUAGCUUGGCUGGGCACAGACCUUGCGGUGGGGCAGGUGGCGGAGCCUGACACCUCGUCGCCUGAGACCUCCGCGUGGACUCCUGGACGCAUUGCGCAGGUGACAUUGGCCGUGAUUGAGUCUGCGCUGCUCACCUUUGUGCUGCUCUUCCCAGCCGUCAUGGACCCCGUCGUGCAGUUUAUCAAUGACAAUAUCGGUAGCAGCGGGUCUCGGCGGCGGCGGGAGGUGCAGUCCGUGGUGAUGGACCAGGCGGCGUCCCUUCACAGCCUCCUGCUGGAUGCCAUAGACCAGUUCGAGGAUAUGGACUACACUCUCACCUCGUUAAAGGACUAAAUGAGUAGUAGUGAGCUGUGUCUGUGGAAUGUGAACACGUGAAUAAAAACAAAUUUACUA